GCUCACAUAUGCGCACAGGGAGGAGGACGUCACGGCGGCGCGGGAGAUUAUCGUCGCGAUAGCAGUGGCACAAGUGGCCGCGGCGGCUCUUCCAAUCGGUAUCACGAUACCAGUGGCAGCUCGUCGUACGACAAACGUGGCGGCAAUGAUCACCAUUCGUCCGGAUCGGGAGCUGGUGGAAGUGGCGCGGGAGGAUCUGGAAGCGGUGGCAACACCAGUCGCGAUCGGUAUGAGAACCGUAGCAGCAGCCGCGGUCGUGGAGACAAGUCCCGGGAAACGAUGGGACCUCCACGGUCGCUGCACUCGACCGGUCCUCGCAAUGUCAGCGGAAGCCGUGGCCCAACGGGCGGAUCCAGAGGCGGAUCGAUGGGAUCACGACCGAUGGGAUUAGGUCUACGGAGGGGAGCAAUGCGUGGGCGUAUUAGUAAUUUCAGGAACGACGGACGGCGUGGUAUCAUCACCAACCGUUUGCCACCGGGAGUGCGGGAUAUGCGCCGAGGCAUGGCACCCUUGCGGAGACGGUUCCCACCGACUUCGUUCCGUGGUCGGGACGGCAUCGGACGGAUUGGUAAACGCUCGCUGGACAACAGACAAGUGACCAGGAAGCAACUGAUCAAGCGCGCUCUGGCAGCCGCUAAGGAGCUGGAUGACGAUAACACCACCGAAAACGAAGGUGGAGAUGACGACGAGGAUGCCGAGGAGGACGAGGACAAGGAUACCCUGGUCGAAGAGGGCGGCGUCAUCAAGAAGGAGAAAACGGACGGAGACGAGGAAGAAGAUGACGGUGACAAGACUGAGAAGGAGGAGGACGAUGACGAAGAUGCCGAUGCAGACAAAACGAUGGAGAAAGACGAAGACGAGGAGAAGGAAGGCGAUGAGAAGGCCGAAGAUUCGAAGGAAACGCAAGAAGGCGACGGAGAAACUAAGAAAGAUGCUACAGCAAGUCCCAAGAAAACGACCAAAAAAGUAAAAUCGGAGAAAAACGACAAGGAUGGCGAAAAGAAGAAAAAGGACACUAAAAUCAAUACCAAAUAUCAUUCGUCAUUCAUCAAGUUAAACUGUUGUCAUUGCGGUACAAAAAGCGUUACUUUCAAGGAAUACCAUGCCCAUUUGUUCCGGGGAAUCCACAAGACUGCGAUGCGUAAAGUUGCAGUCAAAACCCGUGAAAAAUUGCAAGAGAUGCGUAGCGUUCAGCGGGCUAAACAAAAGGAAGAGGAUGAAAAAUUGGAAGAUGCUGCCGAUCAAAAAUCGUCCUACUGCUUGCUCUGUCAGCUAAGCUUCCGGCAGCCGAAGGCGGUCCACCAGAAAUCGGACGGCCAUAAGGAAAUGAAACGGUACCUCAUGCCUUACUGUUCAACUUGUAAAAUCGGCUUCAAGAGCCCAAUGGCGUACGAAGCGCAUCGUGCAUCCAUCGAGCAUCUCAAAUUCAAGGCUCGGGUUGAGCGUUACGCUACCAAAGAAGAUUCCGGCGAAGACGGCGCCGAGAUCGAUUUGGAAAACUUCACCACCGUUGAUGAGGUGGGCGAUGUCGAUGCACCGACCGAUACCAGCAAGGAAAACGCCUCGACACCGAAAAAGGGUGACACUACCGGCCGGCCGGGAACCGACGAUGAUGACGACGACAGCGAUGACGUGGAUGAGGAUACCAUAAUCGGUGAGGAACACGUUAAGAAGGUUGAGGUUCAGUAUUGCGAUCUGUGCAACAUCUAUCUGCCGCGACGCGACGAUCCGGAGAAGGUGCUGCGUAUGCACUGCAAGUCCCGUCCGCAUCUGAAGCAGUAUAUCCGGCAGCGGGAAGAUAAGAAGUUGCGCGAGCGAGCGGAACGCAUCCACAAGAAGAAACUUACCGAUGCUAAGUCCAAGAGAGGAACGAAGGAGGGCGCUAAGGAGGGCUCGGAGCCUGAUGCUGGAGAGAAAGCAGCCGAAAAAGAAAAUGAAGCCGGUGAAGGAGAGGGCAAGGAAGGUGCCACCGAUGAACAGAUGUGGGAGGUCGUCGAUAACGAUAUCGGCGAUCUGCUGCGUGAGGUUGUUCCGGAAGACGGGGAGGAGGAGGAAGACGAUGAAAAAACCAGCUCGGAACGGUUCGACAAAUUCAAGCACACCGAGAAAAACGGGCUGGAUCAGAGCAGCAACAUGCACGACAGCACGGUCGAGGAGGACGAGGUGGCCGCUAGUCCGGAAAAGAAAACCGUCGCCAAGAAGGCAUCGAAUGGAGAAGCCAAUGGAGCUACCAAGGAAGUUGCAGCUGAUGCGUAAAUAUUUUCAUCUCCGAAUAAUAUUGUGUACCGAUAAUGGAAAUUCUCUUUCGAUCGUCCGUUGAUUGCAAAAACCUUACACAAUUUUAAAAGAACUCAAACAUACCUUUAUUAGAUGGUAAAGUUACAACAACAACAACCGCUACAGAAGCAAAUAACACUUACUAACAUAGUGACUUUAAUCGAAAAUGUGUAUGAGCUGAAAUACAUUCAAUGACCGUGGUAA